AGAAGAAGAAACAGGAGGCGAAAGGAACGUUAUUCAAGUGUGGUUCUACCUGAUGUGAGCUGUGCCAGUCAGACGUGUCUCCUCUCACUUUCAUCAACACAAGGCCAACAUGGAUCUAACCGAGCAGAUCAACCAGCUGGAGGCAGACUUGUCCGAAUUAGGGUCCUUACUGGAGAAAGCAGAGAGAAAGAGAGUUCAAGAGCUGCUGAAACAGGAGCAGAAGAAGGUGGAGAAGGAACUUUCAGUCAAAAAGCAACAAAAGGAGCAACAGGCCAGGAGAGAGGCAGACCCAACAGCAGCGACCAAAUCAGCAUAUACAGUCAAGAUCACAAACUAUGCAUGGGACCAGUCGGAUAAAUUUGUAAAAAUUUACAUUACCUUGAAGGAUGUGCACAAGAUACCAUCGGAAAAUGUUGAAAUCACCUUCAGUGAAAGGUCAUUUUCUGUACUGGUAAAGAGUCUUGAUGGGAAGAACCACCAGCUGACCAUUCUCAACCUUUUAUAUCCAAUUGAUGAAAAGGACAGCUAUAAAAAGAUAAAAACAGACAUGGUCCUGGUCAUGUGCAAGAAACAGACAACGGAGAAGUGGGAGUGCCUAACAAAGGUGGAAAAGCAGUCGAAAGAAAAGGACAAACCAAAUACUGACGACAGUUCAGACCCCAGUGAAGGCCUGAUGAACAUGCUGAAGAAGAUCUACUCUGAGGGAGAUGACGAGAUGAAGAGAACCAUCAACAAAGCCUGGACAGAGUCCCAAGAGAAGAAAAUGAAAGGAGGAGACAUGAUGGACUUCUAAAUUAUAAUCACAUCUCUUCCAUCACUGGACCAAGUGACAGUUGUCGGGGCUGCAUCUUAAGUGACUAUAGGGUUGAACAUUAUAAGUUAGGUAUGACCCAAAUAAACUAAUAAAUCCACUUUUUUGUAAAAUCAGAUGUUAAGUGUUAAAUGCUCUGAAUCAGAUCAGAUGUGUAAAGGUAAUUGUGUUCCUGUUCAGAAAUAAAACCAGCUCAACUAAAAUGAUAUCUGACAUAUACAUGCAUUCAUCUUCUAGUCAAGACAACCAGUUUUUUAGACUUCAUGCCAUUCCAUUGUUUUGUGUCCAUUUGAUGAAAUGAUCAAAAACCUUCAAACAUCAGUCCUGUGUAAUACGUCCAAACUGUGGUACAGAUUAAUGCAUGGGUCCACGUUUGACUUGUACAUGUAUUCUAAAGUACACCACUCAUUAACUGACAUGGAUUGCUUAAGUCGUCAUUUUUUGCUUCAGUCUUUGUGAAUAUGUAAAAAUAUAUGUUUCUUGGUUGAUUGUUUGUACUUGUGAUGGUGCCUGCCUUCAUGUUGUUCUAGCAGUUCUCAUCAAUACAGUUGUUGGACUCGG